GAGCAAGCCCCAAGCAGUCGCGCCUCGACGUCUGGCUGCUUGCUACGUUGCCUAUCUGCAUGUCAAACAUCGGUUCGUAUACGGACCUUUGGCGUACAUGAAACAGACGAGGGAUUCGCUUCCCUUCAGCUCCAGACAGUUCAAGCGCAACUCUCUCGGCUAAACGAAACAGCACCGCAUCACCUUCCAGCAUCUCGCUUUCAUCAUGAACAUCCGCGAAGCAACACCAGACGAUGUGCUGGGCAUACAAGCUGCCAACCUGGAGAAUCUGCCCGAAAAUUACACGCUGAAGUUCCAUCUCUACCAUCUACUUACAUGGCCACAACUCACAUACGUUGCAGAAGAUGACGACGGACGAAUAGUAGGGUAUAUUUUGGGGAAGAUGGAAGAAGAGCCAUCUGAUGGAGUGCAGCACGGCCAUGUGACCAGCAUCAGCGUUCUCAGAUCUUACCGAAGAUUAGGUGUAGCUCAAGAGCUCAUGCGCCAAAGCCAGCGAGCAAUGCGAGACUUGUUCGGAGCGAAAUACGUCUCGCUGCACGUACGAAAAUCGAACAGAGCAGCGAUUGGGCUGUACCGAGAUCUCUUAGGCUUUGAGGUUGAAAAGAUUGAGGCGGGUUAUUAUGCCGACGGCGAAGAUGCGCUCGCUAUGCGGCUAACAUGCUGCGAUGAAAAGGGCAAGGUCCGGGAAUAGAUACGCUACGGAGCAGCCUUGUCACAUCACCGCGCAAUUGCACUUGUGGUCAUUGUCUGCAACCUAGGGAGACCUUCUCUCGCUCGAUUCAUUAUCACGCGCUAGCCGCCUGGCAAGGUCUCCCAACGGAGCCUA